AACGUCGGGGUCGUUGGAAUUGUUUAGAAAGCUAAUUUUUAAACAAAAACCGAAUUAAAUAAGUUUGAAUCUGUGAUGAAGGCAGCACACGCACGGCCUGAAUCCCCAUUAAAUUGCAGCUCAAUCCUGCCGUGGAGAACUCCCUUUUUUGGUCCCUCGCGCCAUUGAUGAAAGGUGGUGGUCUCGGCGACGGCGUCUUGUCGUUAAAUGGGCGGCGGGGAAUCCGAGAAGGAGGAGGACUGGCCGGAGCCUUCGUUUGCCGGGGCCAGACUGGUUGACGCGCCCAUUCUCUUCUUCGUGGUUACUCACAAGGCUUUCCGUGCGGAGCUCGAUUUCGUCCGCCGUGUGGCGGCUGAGGCCUCCGAGGGCGGCGCUGUGAGCGGCGCAGUUGUCGUUGACCUUAGCCGGAGGCUGGAGUUUUUGAAGCUUGUGUAUGAUUACCACAGUGUUGCGGAAGACGAGGUUAUCUUUCUGGCGUUAGAUGCUCAAGUAAAGAAUGUGGUACCGACGUAUUCUCUCGAACAUAGUUCUAUAGAUGAUAGCUUCAGUUGCAUCUUCCACUACUUGGAUCUCUUGAUGAACAAAGAUGAAGAUGCACCUGAAAUGUUUCAAGAUCUUAUUUCUUUGAUUGGUACUGUGCAGACCAUGAUUUGUCAUCACAUGCAUAAAGAAGAGGAGCAGGUUUUUCCUUUGCUGAUGGAGAAAUGCUCUCGCGAAGAGCAGUCUCAGCUCAUCUGGCAGUAUAUGUGCAGUGUGCCCACCAUACUACUGGAGGAAUUUUUACCGUGGAUGACUCUUUAUCUUAGUACAGAUGAAAAAGUAGAUGUCCUACAUUGCAUAAAGCUUAUUGUGCCUAAAGAAAGGCUGCUUCAAGAGGUAGUUGUUUCCUGGAUUCAGCACGAGAGUUCUUCUUCUGGUGCCAACAGCAUAUAUGGAAAAAGGCAUCAACUUUUAACUGGAUUAUCCAAUAGGGACAUACAUAAGCUAUAUCCACUUCAGAUUUCCUGUGACCGAGAACAGCAAUUCAAGAAAGCAUGUUCAAUCCAAAAGAACUGUGUGGAGGAACCCGUCAAGGGUAUGCAUAUAUGGCAUGCUGCUCUGCGAAGAGAUCUCAAUCAAAUUAUUGAGGAAUUGCAUCAUAUAAGAAGCUCAAUCUGUUCUGCUAGUUUGUCUUCGGUUAUUGUUCAGCUCAAAUUCAUUGCAGAUGUCUUGAUCUUCUAUAGCAAUUCUUUGGAUAAAAUAUUCUGUAAUUUGUCAAAUCUUGUGGCGGAGAAUAGCAUAUCUCCAUGCAGUCCACUCAUAGAUGAAUGCCAGAUUAAAGUUCUCCGAAGGUUGCUGCUCUAUGAAUCUCGAGGUUCGAUACAACUAGAAAACUUUGUGGAGAUGCUUUAUCAGGAACUGGAAUCCCUUGUAAGAGAGCUGGGUAAAAACUUGAUGCUUCUUGAAACUGAGGUUUUCCCAUCCAUCAGCACGAGUUGCACUGUUGAAAUGCAGAUGUGGUUACUCCAGGCAUGUCUUUAUAUGAUGCCACUCGGGCUGCUUAAGUGCACUGUCACUUGGUUCUCGUCUCAUCUAACCGAGAACCAGUCAAAAUCCAUUCUAAAGAAAGUAGAGCUCGGAUGUCCUGCAAUAAGUAAAUCUUUUACAUCUCUACUAUGCGAAUGGGUCCGCAUUGGUUGUUCAGGGAAAAUCUCGGCUGAAAAAUUUAGAGAAAAUCUGGAAGAAAUGUUCAAUGGUAGAAGCUUUUACUUAGCUGAGCAAAAUAGGCAGAAAAUCAUAUUCUCUGAUUGGAUGUUCAACCCAAACUCAACAACAAAGAUAAAGAUAACUGCAGACUUUCCAUCUUCUUCCGCCUCUAAGGAAACAGGAGAGCAUGAUGUAUUUUAUCCAAGUGAGAUGAAUAUUCGCAUAUUCUUUUCUCAGAAGUUCAAAGGAAUGCUAUCACUUCAAAGAAAUCUUGUGGAAGCUGACCAUGUUACUUCCGUGACUCUCGAAUCUAGGCCAAUUGAUGCUGUUUUUUAUUUCCAUAAAGGUCUGAUAAAAGAUCUGGAGUAUCUUGUGAGCUUAUCAGCUAAGCUGGCUGCAAAUGUUGGAUUUCUCGCUGAGUUUAAGAAGCGCUUCAAGCUUUUGCAUACCAUUUAUCAGAUUCAUAGUGACUCAGAGGAUGAAAUUGUUUUUCCAGCUCUGGAAUCAAAGGGAGCACUUCAAAACAUAAGCCACUCCUACAGCAUCGAUCACAAGUUGGAAUUCAAAUAUUUCACGAAAACUUCCAUAAUCCUGGAAGAGAUAUCUGAAUUGCAUGAUCAGCAGGGAAGCAAAGAGACUAGGGUGCGGUUGGACAAGUUGUUUUCGAAGCUCCAUCAUACUUGCUUGUCCAUGCGUAAGGUACUAUCUGAUCACAUGUAUCGUGAAGAAGUUGAAAUUUUUCCUUUGUUUCGUGGAAGCUUCUCUGUUGAUGAAGAAGAAAAGAUCAUAGGCCAUAUGCUUGGGAGGACGAGAGCGGAGAUUCUGAAGGAAGUGAUAACCUGGCUGAUGGCACAUCUAACUUCUGAUGAGCAGCAGGCCAUGAUGUCUAUAUGGCUCAAGGUUGCUAGAAAUACGAAGUUCGAUGAAUGGCUACGGGAAUGGUGGGGAGGUAUGGCUGAACAUACCUUAUCCACAGUGCAAGAGGGAUCAAGACCUCCUGAUGACCCCCUGGAAGUUGUUUUAACGUAUCUGCUAAAGGAUGGUACUCAAAUGAGAAAAGUAGGUCAUGACAGAGAGACACAAAAGGAAUUUUAUAGCGAGGAUUGUAAGCAUUAUGGAUCUUCUGAUGUUCAUAAAUCGACUUUCGCUGGCGGAGGGAAGGAUGCAUUCCAGUCUCAAGACUUAUGCCUAGCUCAGAAUGAGACUGACAAAAAGAAACUCAAUGAAGCGGAUAAGAUAUGCCAUGAUGUAGCAGAGAUAACUAGUACAGAAAAUCAGAAGUUGAGCCACCAGGAGCACCCUCUAAGCAUGAACCAGGAAGAGCUGGAAGCUGCAAUAAGAAGGGUCUCUCGUGACCCUAAUCUGGAUUCUCGGAAAAAAACAUAUUUAAUCCAGAAUUUGCUAAUGAGCCGUUGGACUAUAAUGCAAAAGAUGCAACAUGAGGCUUCUGUUGGAAAUCACGAGGGAGAUAUCCCAGGUCAAAGUCCUUCUUAUCGAGACCCUCUUGGAGUAACUUUUGGUUGCAAGCACUAUAAGAGAAAUUGUAAGCUUCUCGCUCCAUGUUGCAAUAAGCUUUACACAUGCAUACGUUGCCAUGAUGACCACCAAACAGACCAUUCAGUGGACAGAAAAGAUAUUAUAAAAAUGAUGUGCAUGAAAUGCAUGGUAAUUCAGCCAAUCGGGCAGAAAUGUAUAAGCCAAUCUUGCAAUGGCUUCUCCAUGGGAAGAUACUAUUGCAGGAUUUGCAAAUUGUUUGAUGAUGAACGGCAAAUAUACCAUUGCCCUUACUGCAACUUGUGCCGAGUUGGGAAGGGGCUGGGCGUUGAUUACUUCCACUGUAUGAAAUGCAAUGCUUGUAUGUCGAAGUAUCUCUUUGUACAUAUAUGUAGAGAGAAGUGCCUCGAGGAUAACUGCCCAAUUUGCCACGAGUACAUCUUUACAUCAAACUCUCCAGUCAAGGCACUUCCAUGUGGCCAUUUGAUGCAUUCAUCUUGUUUUCAGGACUACACUUGCUCUCACUAUAUUUGCCCGAUUUGUAGCAAGUCACUGGGUGACAUGCAGGUGUACUUCGGGAUGUUAGAUGCUCUGUUAGCAGAAGAGAAAAUUCCAGAAGAGUAUUCUGGCCGGACUCAGGUUAUAUUGUGCAACGACUGUGAACAAAGAGGAACUGCCUCAUUUCAUUGGCUUUACCACAAGUGCUUAUAUUGUGGUUCGUACAACACAAGGGUUCUCUGACUUGAAUUCCCUGAAAGUUUGUAUGUCCUCAUGACUAGAUGUAGAUAUAUCUCCUUUACGAUUUAUGCAACUGGUAUGAAACAAUUGCAAUUUUCAGUAGAUGAACUUAUUUUAAGCUACUCUAUCGCCAUUUUCCCUCUAGUAGAGAGAUUUUGGUAAAACAACCUAUUGUAGGUUUCUGUACUUAGUUCAAUAAGUGAAUAAAUGAUGAUUUCCAGAUGCGUUA